UGUGUUUGGCUUAAAACCUGAACUCAAACGCGAACCCAACUCUCCUUUUCUUAUGUGUGGAGAAGACUGACGACUGUUUGACGAGAGAAUGAAUUUAAUAGUGAAUUGUCGGCAAAUAAUACACAGAACUCGCUGUUUGUUUGUUAGGUUUUAAUUCAUUUGCAUCGCUCUUAUGUAUAUUGUGUUGACUAUACUUUUAUUUUCGUCAUUUCAUGCAAUUAUCGCCAAUAAUUUUCUGCACAUAUUGUAUGAAUACUGAACUGGAAGAGAGCGACAAUUAAGCAAAAAGAGGCUCAACUGCCAAAUGACUGCCGCCUCCAUUGAAGUGCUUCCGCGAUCCAAACUUAAAACUAUUGGAAAUACGGAAUAAUAAUAAUUUGUUUUUCAUCUCCUCUUUGCUGCUCAUCUUUCCUCUUCUCUUCUGUAUUGGUGUCGAGAGUAUAGCGAAGGAAAUGGCAAUCGAAAUGAGUUAUAAUAAAUUACAUCAAAUCUUAUGAAAAGCAUAGAAAAGUCUCAUUUAUUUAUAGCAUUUGUCUCGAAGGCACUGACUUUUGUAUAUUGUUGGCGAUAGGCAUUAAUUGCUGUAAAUCCUGACAUACAUUAGGGCGUAAUCUCUCCAAUGUUUCUAAAGACAAUGAAUAGGGCGAUGAGAUAUUACAGAUUCUGGAUCUACUCGUGUAAUAUCGCACUAUUGGUCGCGACUCUUAUAUAUCUGAUUGCCUUCAUAUGUGUGCUAAACGACGACAAAAUGAUGUUAUUUCCCUCAAUCAAGUUAUAUGAGCCAACCUUUCUCUACAGCUAUUGUGCUAUUAUUCUUCAGGGAGGAGUACUACAGAGUACAGGCCCCGGGAAUAAGUGUAAGACGAGGCAUUUAAAGCGAAUUUUUAGGCCAUCGGGUGCUUCGGAGCGAUAA